ACUUGUAAUCGUUGGUCCGUUAGUUACCGGACACCCUGUAUAGCAUUUUCCGUUAUUGGAAACAUCUGCGAAUAUAAAUUAUACCGCGCAGUUGCAUUUUUGUGCCCUGACUGGGCUGACGAAUUUAAUGUCGAUAGAUAUCUUUGAUGAAUCAAGGAAGAACUAUAAAAACGAUUGUUUUAUUCUUGGAAGCAUAUAAUUCAAGAAAGAAGGUUAUUAAACUUUUCCAAGUCACAGAGUGCCAUCAUCGGAAAAUUCGUUUUGCACCACGUAUAGAAGAAGAAGAAGACAUGCAGGAGGAAAGGUCAGAUACAACGAACAGGAAAGAAGAGAUGCAGAAAUAUAAGAGAAAAUUGUCAUUCGAUCUAGUGAAGAAGAUGUAUCCGUCGUCUUUUAGAAACUGGCCGAUCUUGAACCUGUUAAAGCCAGAAUUUGUCAUACAAAUUCGUAUGGUUAUGGUAUAUGGUAACGGAGGAAACAGGGCUUUAAUUGUGACGAGGGACAAGAAUGUCUACACCUUAGAUUAUAACAAAGAUGAUCAUUUGAAGAUUAAUGACACACAUAUUGGUCUCUAUCCAAAAGAGAUAACAGAACUGUGUGGGAAAAAAAUAAGGACCUUUACUUGCAACUCAGCUUUUGUCCUGGCACUUACAGAAGAAGGAGAGGUUUAUUCCUGGAAAUUCAGUGAGUUUGAAUCGGACAAAAGAUCUUUAAUUCCUAAUAUGCAGCCUACACCAACUCGAGUAAUGUUCAAAGAAUGUAUCGUAGACAUCGCAUGCGGCAGUUAUCAUUCUCUCGCUCUGACCAGCGACGGUCAAGUGUAUGCCUGGGGAGAUAAUAGUUAUGGACAGGUUGGUAUCCAAAAGCUAUAUGAUGAUGAUAGUUAUAAACGGUUGGGUAUCCACAAGCCACGUGAAAGUGAUUACAACCAAAUUCCCAAUAAAGUCGCUGUGCCGAACCUGAUUUCUAAACUAAAAGAGAAGAAUGUGGUCUCUAUAGCUUGUGGCUCAAAGUUCAACAUGGUUGUUACUGGGGAGGGCAAAUUGUAUGGCUGGGGCGACAAUAAAAGCGGCCAGAUUAACUACACAUUCGUAAUGAAUGGGUCGAAUUUAUACAAGCAUUAUGCGCACCCAAUCGAAAUUAACGUAAACGACAAAGUGAUAGUUAAGGUGGCUUGUGGAUUUGAGCACACGUUAGUGCUUACUGAUGAAGGAAAAGUCUAUGCCUGGGGCAACAACGAUAAAGGACAAAUAGGUGUUAAUAAUAAUCUGUCAUUUUCCAGUGUGACCAUGGUGGACAUAUCCGAGUUGGUUUUGGACAUCGGUGCCUCCGCUAACUUCAGUGUUGCCGUUGGCACUAAUGAGACUAUCUAUGUAUGGGGCGACUGUUUCGAUCAGAAAAUUACUUCCCCAUUUCUCACAGGGUUAUCUACUAUUCACGAUGCAUUCGCGUACAGUAGAAUGAAAUUCAUGCACAAACCGAUGGCUAUAUUAGACAGUGAUCUCGAAGAAGUAUUGAAUAUAUUAAAAUCCUUGGAACUCCCUCUUAAUGUCCUGGGAUUGACGUUUGAUGAUCCGUCAACGAGUGAUUGUAUUAUAGAAGUGGAAGGACAACAUAUUCACGUUCAUAAAGCUAUUCUUCAGUUUCGUUGUCAGCAUUUCAAAAACAAGUUUCAAUAUGAUUGGACUGAAAAUAAUGACAGUAAACUAGAUUUGUCUGUAUAUAUUGUAUUGGAGGAAAUUUCCUAUAUCGUCUAUAAAGCCUUCUUGAAUUAUUUAUAUACCGGUACAAUCGAUUUAUCCUUGAAGAAAACAUUAGAGCUAAUGAUAUUGGCGGACAAAUACGGUGAGACUAGUCUUAAGAAGAAGUGCAAUCAGAUAGUAGAACAAGCUAUCACCCCAUCCAAUGUAGCUUUCUUCUACAGCAAGGCGAUUGAGUACAAGGUUAAGGAGUUCGAAGAGUUCUGCUUUUACUUUGCUUUUCGUCACAUGAAAGACCUUCUUAAGUUAUAAAUAUAAGAAAUAUUUUUAUUUAAAGAGCAGCAAGAGAGAAGAUGUUUUUCUAUUCACAAUUCUUACAGAGAGCCCCUUUUGACAAAAGUUCGAGAAUAUCUGAUUUUUUUUUAUUAUAUGUAAUAUCUGUUAUACACCCCCAAUAAUGAAGUGAACUUUAUGUCUCAGUUAUUAUAUAUAUAUAUAUAUAUAUAUAUGUGUGUGUGUGUGUGUGUGUGUGUGUGUACUUAUAUUAUUCCAUAGAUUAAUAUUACAUACGAUAUAUAUUCAAUGUACAUGUAAUUGAUCUUAUUUCAUUUUUUUUGUUUUUUAUUUGCAAAAUUUGUUCAAUAUCCAUCUUAAACAAAUUUGAUGUUAUCUGUAGGAUUUUUUUGUUUUAAUGUGAAUAUUAAGAGAGAA